AUUUGCUUUGUUCUUUUUUUCCCUGAAAGUUAUGGAUACUACUUAUUUAACUGUUGACAUAUCGACGCCUAACUCGGAACUCGAGGAUGGAAUGAUAUAUCCACCAAUCGAUAACUAUGACAGCUAUGUUCAUCCUGUCAUGCUUGACAUGUCUUCAAAUAAAAAGUUUCUGGCAUAUAUCUCCAGAGAUAAAGCAAGCAAAAAUCAAUACAAUGAUACUGAUGAAGACUUGUCAGAGAGCUGUGUCAAUAUCAUUGAUAACUACGCUGACCUGGGAGGUGCAGUGCAGUAUUAUUUAACGAUUCGCAGCUUAAGAGAGGUUGAUCCAGACUUAACUCCACUGCAUCUGACAAGAAAUGUCACGGAAAUUUUUUCUAAUUAUGUUAAACAUCCUAUUGUGUUUUUUCUUUCUGUUUCCCAAGACGGUAAAUUCAUCUCAUUAUCUUGCUUUCAAAAAUAUUCAAGUGGGAGAGCAAGUAUCAUAUUUGAAGUUCAAGGCAACAAAAUCAAAAAAAGAAAGGAAAUCAAUGAGGACGAAGGCCGUGGUGUAUUCUUGGACGAUGGGCAAUUUGUCAUGGUGAAUCUUGAUUUUCUCUAUACCUAUAAUAGUGAUUUCUCUUUUUCGAAAUGCUUUUCCAUCAAAGAACUGGCUAAGAAUACUCUCCAUCAGCCAAGGCCAAAACAUUGGCCGUUAUUUUCAGGAGUCUAUACUGGUCGAAUGGCGUAUUCAAAAGCUGAUUUAUAUGAGACCUUCGCGUUAUUCUGUAUUAGCAAGAGAAUCAAGCAAGGCAUACUACUGUUUCGGAACCAAUGUUCUCUUUAUAGAUUCUCGGCUUACUCUAUCGGUCAAGAUUUGUCUAUUGUUCUAAGCUAUGUAAUGCCUGACAUGAUUUAUUCAAAAAACUUCAAAUUUGCCGCGGGUAAAUCUGGUGACGCCUUGGUGUUGUAUAAUGGUAACAAGGGUUGUAAGUCUCAUCGAUUGCUAUCAUAUAAUAAACUCGUAAAGUUUAUGGUGACUCAGUUUGAAUUCUCAGAAGAUGGAAAGUAUCUGGUCUUGGCCGGCAUAAAAUCAGACGCUGGUAAACGUUCCCAGCUUGCAGCUUAUUUUGAGGUCUGGAAUAUUCGACAUGAGAAGAUUAUUUAUGCUUUGGAGAAAGAACUCGACUACAAAAUAUCUCCCUUAAUUCAUACACAAGUACUCAUUUAUCCAUUUAUUGUCAUCCAAAAAAACGAAAACAAUAACACUUUUGCAGAUCAAAAUAUAUUGGGCUUCUACACAACAAUCUCAGAUCAAGGAAAGCACGAAUUAAUGUCUUUUCCUUUGGGAUUUAAGACAAGUUUAUCUGUCAACUAUAUCGAAAACACGCAUUCUAUUCAACAAGAAACGCGCCGGUUCAGUUUAAAAAAUAGACUUCAAAAUAUUUUCGAUACAGAUGUUAAAGAUGAUUCAAAUGGACAAGACACGAAGCCACAUUUUGUUACUCAGAUAAACGACAUUAAAGAGAUUUGCUUUAAAUUUGAAUAUCAAGACGAAAAGUAUUGUUUGAUACUGACAGAUUUGUCGAUCGAAUUAUGGAAUCAAGUAACAUGUAACCAUGUCAAUGGAAAAGAAGGCGGAACUUCAUUAGCAGAAAGCGACUACAGACUUGUAUAUACUCGUUCCUUUCAAUAUGGGCCUAUGGAAGCAGGCUUUUCAACAAAAGAGAAAUGGACAAUUCAAAAUUACGAAAAGAUUGUGAGCUCUGAUAGGUCGCAGCUGCUUGAGGAAAUGAAGAACAGCAUACAGAUUGUUCAAGAGAAAAUUGGCGGAAGAAUUAUCAUUCGUCUUGUACUCAAAAGAGACGAUACAGAAGAUAUCCGUGUAGAAGAUAUUUACCUUCCUCUUUAUGAAAGGAGCAUAAAAAAUGAUGGGUUCGAUGCCUCAUAUCGCUCUAAUUAUUUGCUUGAAGGCGCAUGUCAAGCAUUGUGUUAUUUCUCUCAGAAGGAAAGUUUUUCUACUAUGAUUCAUGCUCUGUGGAAAAAAAGGCUAUGUCGAUAUGCGGAAGAUAUAAUCAAUGAAUCACUCCAGGAUAUGAAAGCAUCCGAAUCUCUCUAUUUUACAACGAUAUCUGGCAAUGGUACUUUGUCCUUAUUAGCUUGUUUUAAAAAGGGGAGAAUAAUCUUAUUUAAGAUUGUUCAAAUGAGAGAGCUCAAAAUAUGUUUAUACAGCUAUCGAAAGCAUUUGUCUGAUAAAGGCUUUGAACGAGAAAACGCUUUGACAAUUUUAAUUGAAAAAAUGAGCUUUGGUCUGUACAAGUUAUUACUUAACAAGAUAAUACAAGAUACAUCUCAAAUGUAUCCCCGUUCUAUUUCGCUUCCUGUUACAGAUGCUCUGAUACUACUUCAAAAGGCAGGGUUUAAAGAUCUUUUAUCGAAGACUAUAAAAAGUCUGGAUUUUAUCCCAUUAUACGAUUUCAACCUCACCAAAUGUUCCAAACCAGGGUUUUAUCAUGAAUUUGAUAUUUCUGCUGAGCAAGAGCUAAUAGAAGACAAACAUUCAUAUAGAAAUGGCUGGGUAACCAUAGAACAAGUAUAUCCAACAAAUUUCUACUAUCAAAAGCUUCUUCAGUUACUAUUCAAAAAGAAAAGGACUAUUGUUAAUCCAAGAACUAAAGAGCAAAAACAUAUGUUGGCAGAAAAGCGAGCAAUGGAACUCGAUUUAUUGAAAGGAAGUUACAUAAGACCAUGCGUUAUACCCUUAGUCUAUUUUAACACCUACUUUGAUUUCUCUUCAGAAACAAACCUAACUGUUGAAACAGACGAACAAUUAUUCCUACAGAAAAAAUCAAGUACAUUUCUCAAAAUGGCCUCUGACAGAUCAAGAUACAAUGUCUUUGACGAAGGAGAUUUGAUUAUCCCUUUGAUUCUGCGUUAUAAAUGGAUACAGUUUGCUUCUUUUCGAUUUUUUCAAGUUUGCUUGAUCCACCUGGUAUUUUAUAUUACUUACUUUCUUGCAGUUCCUUUCUCAAUUGAGAAAUUCAAUUAUGAGCCAGGGCAAUCGUCCAUCAUGAAUAACGGUGAACAUCUUGCAUGCACAGUCUUGUGCUUUGUAUUUGGUGCAAUCUUACUUACCCAAGAAAUACGACAAUUUUGGUUUUCGCCCAAGAAAUACGUCUCAUCUUUCUAUAACUAUAUCGACAUUUUGGCUUUAGUCUUGUGUUUGGUGACAUUCUUUCAAUUAGUUUUUGGUCUCGAAUAUUUUGUAUGCGACACUUAAUCUAUGGUAAUUAUUCUCAUUUUUUGUCUAUUUUUUAGGAUGAAGUAAGCAGCGUCUGUACGUUGGUGAUAUGGCUACAUGGUUUAC